CAGUGUAUGCUCUAAUACACAUAUUCAACAACAUACGUCAGAACAACCUUACACGUAACAGUAUGGAAAUUGCUUACAUAAUUGUUUUAAUGCAGUGGGUUUUCUCUGUUUUUUUAAGUAAAGUCAACUAAACAAUUUUACAGUGCAACUGACUUCAACUCUCUCAUGAGCAUGCGUACAACUGUGGUUUAUAAAGUUUGAAAUAUAAAUGUUUUCUUUACAAAAAACAGUCACUACACCUCAUAGGACAUUUAAUAACUGUAUGGAUCAGUUUUUCUCAGUGGUGGCCGGAGACUUCUUUUUUCGAGGGUGCUUGAUGCGAAGUUUGUCACAACAUACAUGUAGCCCGUCGUGUGUCCCUUUUGCAGACGCGUCUAAAGGGUUUAUGAUAAAGGUGACGCUUGCGUUUGUCAGAUACCCGCAUAAUCUCAUGCGUAAUCAGAGUUUACUGUUAAGAGAGUGUCUUGCGUGUAUUUUGUGAACAUGGGCGUCUCUUUUAUCAUAAACGGUUGUGACGCGUGUGCAGCAGGCACUUAUUUUGACAAAAACACGUGAUGCACAUGGUUCACAUGACGCAACAAACACAUAUGUUGACAACACAGGCAACACACAUGACACUCCGAACACAUAUUUUGAAUUUGCGCCCCCUCGGAUGAGCAGUCACGAGCCACCACUGUUUUUUCUUGGAUGACUGUGCUUUUUAAAACUUUAAAAAUGGGGCACUAUCCAUUGCCAUUAUAAUGCUGAAUAGACUCUGGAUACUAUUAAAUAAAACUCUUACCAUGUUCGGCCGAAAGAAGAAGGUCAUAUACACCUUUGAUGGAUAGAUGGUGCGCGCUAAUUUUUAUUUUGGGGAAAACUAUUCCUUUAAUUUAUUUCAUUAUUAAUUCCUUUAGAAUUCUUAAAGUGCAACGGAUAUAUUUUGGAUGAUUUUUUGGUACAUAUUUAAUUACCUAUUGAGUAAAAGUAUCAAAGUACUUGUAACACUGGUCAUAUUCUUGCCACUACAGUUUAUACAGAUCCCAGACUUGUCUACCAUUGGAAUUAUCCUAUGCUCUUACUAUACAGAUGGAUUAUAUUACAGCAGAUGAUAAGUGUCUUCUCGUCUGUGACCUACACAAAUACAAGGCUUGAUUUACGUCGUCAGCAGUUUUCUCUUCAUUUAUUCCUUUAAUGAGAUUAACCAGGAGCAAAUCCAUCUACUUCAAGUACUUGGAUCGAGCAUUACUUGUCACAUACAAGCACUUAAUUUGGAAAUAUGCCUGAUAGGUUUUACCUUCAUGUGCAAUGCCUACAAUUCAUAUGAUAUUUUUCUGGUGAUGGUUCAUACUUUAAAUAAUCUGAAACUAGACUAAUUUUUUUAUUUGAUCUUUUUUAAUCAGAACACCUGCUGACUUUAGAGGUCAAAAUAUCCUCUAAUGUUAAUUUUUAACAAUUGUCCCAGACAACAUUUUGACAAGACUGACAGUUUGUCCGCCUGCGCCACAUUUCCAGCAUAAACCGAUUGUAUCUCAGAUUUAUCCCCAAGGUGUUUUUAGGACAUCUUUGAGGCUAAUGGAGGCUAAUAGGCUUAGCACUUAGGGUGUAUUGUCCGGUAUGCUUACAGGCAAGGUUUGCUGAGGGUAAAACUCUAAACUCUGGGAUUACCUCCAACACAUCCCGUUAAAGUGCUGUAUAGUCAGGACUAAGCUAAUAGGAUCUGAAGGGGGAAUAGGGGCCCUGAAGGUAGUUUGGGGGUUGACUGACAGCAGGAGAGCUCACAUACAGGUCAGCAGAUGCAGAUAGCAGACUGGUGGACUAACAGAGGGAUUACAGGACUCAGAUUUGGUUGGCUCCUUUAGCAGCAUAGAUGGUUAUACACACAGAGGAAAAUCUCAGAGACAUCUUCAAUACUGAAUGGUGCAGAAUUCAUCUCAAAGGGUUGACAAAAACGACGUGACAAAAUAUAUUUUGUACCCGAGUGAGUGAAGAGGCAAACAAGCGAACAGGAAGGAGUUUGUGUCAUGACUCCUCGCGAGCAGCUGAGGAAGAUAUCAGCGCUUGGAGAUCAAGGUGGUAUGGAUGAGAAACACUGGUACAGAUUGGUCAAUGGGUUGUCUGCUGGAGAGUUGCGGCAGAGGCAAGAGCUCAUGAUGAGGAAUCAGAUGGCUAUGACUCCACAGAUCUUAUCUCAGGGUCAACAGAGACUACCCACACAGUUUGAUCACCGCUUCAUGGAGAGGGAGCUGGUGCCGCCCAAUGAAAUGGUAUCAGCUGAUGCCAGACAAAUGCAUAUGGGUGCCCAUCUUGGGCCACAGCUGGCACCAAAUUCCAGUGGUAUUCCAGGCCGAGGAUUUCCAGGAACAGGUUAUGGGUUUCUUCCAAAUGAAACCAUGGAGACGGUGGCCAGACGUCAAGAGUUAAUUCACAAACAGAACAUAGCCAGGAUGGAGAUGAAUGCUAUCCUGCACCAAAAAGAGUUGGAGAAUGCCCAACAGAAGAGUCUCAUCGGCAUGGACAAUUCAAUGAUGUACCAGGGCAUCCAACCCAAUCCCAUGGCCUUCAGGGGUCGUCAGCGACUUCCAGAUGGCCACGAUGUCUUCGUCCACCGCACCUCCCUUGAAGACCUGCAUGCCAACAGUCUCCUCAUGUCCAGCCCCUAUCCACCAAUCAGCACGCUGCAAAGGGAGCGAGGACGAAGGACAAACAGAAGAGCCAACAAUCAUAAGAGCUCCGACAGCAGCGUCGUUCUCGCCAAAGGCCAAUCAGAAGAGAAGAACGUAGAGCAAAGUCCAGGAGGAGCUUCAGUGGAGGAGAAGGAAACAGAAGGAAAAUGUGAGAUGAGCGGUGAGGCCAUCGCCAGCAAACCACACCAAACUAAAGCAGAAACUGAGCUCACUUCGGGCAGCACCAGAAAAAGUUUCAAGGAAGUAGAGCCAGGGAUUCACAAGGCGUGUGGACAGGAAAGCUGUCCAGAAGUUACCAACUGCAAUGUUAGCAACAGCGAGAAAGAUAUAUCCAACCCUUGCUCAGCUUUCCAAGACAAAUUUUUGUACUCAUCUGCCAGUGGUCCACUCACAAGCAUGCCCUACAUGUUUCCCAUGCCUGGAAAUGGACUUUUACCAUUGGGAACUCCUAAUAUGUUUCUCAAUGGAGAAGAGAUGUCUUCACAGGAGGACAUCCGGAAGUGGACGGUUGAGGACGUCUACAGUUUCAUCAGUGGAAUACCAAGUUGCUCUGAUUAUGCUCAGACAUUUAAAGAGCAUAUGAUUGAUGGAGAAACAUUGCCUCUUCUCACAGAGGAGCAUCUCCUUGAUACACUCGGGCUAAAGCUCGGCCCUGCACUCAAGAUUCGAGCACAGCUGUCUCGUCGAACGGGUAACAUGUUUUACAACAUGAUGAACCUGCCUUUGCCUGUGCCUGUAUCUGGCCUACAGCCUCCACCUGAGAAAAAUGGGGACAGGUCAUCAGACAUUAGCUCUCCUCUCAUCUGCAACAGUGUGGAGAUGCUCGGCAGUCCCAGAGACACAGACGCUCUUAAAUCCACAGAGCCUGGGACUGAAACUGACAAUCUCUCUCCUAUACAAAUGAGUGAGACCAACUGAAGAGGCUUUGAAGAACUACUGAACUAUUCACCUUUAACCUUUAGUAUCUGCAAGUCAACAAACCUCACUUGACUUGUAACUAUGAUGCCCCCAAUGGUUUUUUUUUUUUUUGCAACUCAGGAAUUUUGAGACACAGCACUGUGAUCCUAGUUUAUUAAAGGCACGAAUAUCUACUGGAUUAUUCACCUUUAAACACAAGAAUCCUUAGUAUUUUGGCACUCAUUUCAUUGGGCUUGACAAAUUCAUAUAUGAUGACACAUUUUAAUAUGUUAAAUGAACAUUUCAUUGGAUUUUUAAAUAUUUAUUAUAAAUCUAUGUUAUGUGCAGUGCAUUAGGUUUGUAUGUCUACAACAGAGUAAGAAUGCCCAUUAAUUUUGUAUGUAUACUGUUUAUAUAUUUUUGUAAAUUAUGUAUUGUUCUCCAAUUGUUUGCUGAAUAAAAAUAACUGAUAAAGGUCAUAUAAUUUUUAUAUUAUUCAGGUUCUUUUUUGGUCUUGUUAUAGUGAUUUUAAUAUAAGGCACUUUCCAUAGGAUAUAAAAUAAGGCUUCUUAUUUUUAAAACUUUCUUAUUCUUAAAACUUUUAUUUUUGUCCAUUUGAACUCUCAGAAGGUCAACCUAAAUAUGAAUUACUGUUU